AUGAGCUCUGGAAUUUCUCGUAGUCGUUUGAUGGAAGAGCGUAAGCAAUGGCGCAAAGAUCAUCCUCAUGGGUUUUGGGCCAGACCUGGAAAGAACCCUGACAACUCUUUAGACUUGAUGAAUUGGGUUUGUGGUAUUCCUGGAAAAGAUAAUACUCCUUGGGAAAAAGCAACGUACAAGCUCACUAUGACCUUUCCUGAUGAUUAUCCUAGUAAACCACCAAAGUGCAAAUUCACACCACCAUUGUUUCAUCCCAACGUCUAUCCUUCUGGAACUGUUUGUCUGUCCAUUCUGAAUGAAGAUGAGGGUUGGAAGCCAGCUAUCACGGUUAAACAGAUCCUUCUCGGUGUGCAAGAUUUAUUGAACGACCCUAAUCCUGAAAGUCCUGCUCAACAAGACGCCUACAUGUUAUUCAAACGUGAUAAGAAGGAGUACGAGAGAAGAGUACGUGAGCAGGCAUUAUUGAAUCGCAACUAA